UCCACUAUUUUCCACAUCCACAACAAACAAACUCACACACAACACAUCUCUCUCUAUUCACAACAUUAUAUGAUCCCAAUGGAGCCAUCUAAAGGAGAAGAAGCCGACGCCGGAAAGGUGAACUUUGCGGCCCCAAGGCCUUUUGCGACCGCCUUCAAGUCGGAUUUGAAGGAAACUUUGUUUCCUGAUGACCCAUUUCAUGACUUCACGGGCAAGACAUUGCCCGUGAAGGCGAAAAAGGCGGUACAAUAUUUUGUACCGGUUUUUCAAUGGCUUCCGGUUUAUAACCGGAAGCUGUUUAUGUAUGAUCUUCUUGCUGGGAUCACCAUUGCUAGCCUUGCAAUUCCUCAAGGGAUUAGUUAUGCUAAGCUUGCUAAUAUUCCUCCGGUUAUCGGUUUAUAUUCGAGCUUCGUUCCCCCUUUGAUCUACGCAAUUUUUGGGAACUCGAAGCAUCUAGCAGUCGGAACGGUAGCUUCAAGCUCGUUGAUCAUAGCUGACGCCAUAGAAAAGAAAGUGCACGAAGCCGAUAAUCCACAACUCUAUCUUAAUCUAAUCUUCACCGCUACACUCAUAUCCGGCGUAAUUCAGUUGAUUCUCGGAGUUUUCCGGCUAGGAAUUUUGGUAGAUUUUUUGUCACAUUCUACAAUCACUGGCUUUAUGGGAGGGACAGCAACAAUCAUCUGCCUACAACAACUGAAGGGCAUUUUCGGUUUAAAGCAUUUUACUACACAUACUGAUGUUGUAUCUGUUACAAGCGCAAUCUUUAAAUACAAACAUGAGAUAAGAUGGGAAUGUACACUUGUUGGUAUAAUCUUUUUGAUCUUUCUCCAGCUUGCAAAAAAAGUGAAACAAAGGAAACCGAAGCUAUUUUGGGUAUCUGCAAUAGCUCCAAUGGUGGCUGUCGCAGUUGGAUGCAUCUUUGCAUUUGUAGUAAACGCAGAGGAACAUGGCAUCGCGAUAGUGGGUCCCUUGAAAAAAGGAAUUAAUCCCCCCUCUCUGAAAAAUUUGGAUUUUGAUCCCAAGUAUAUAUCAGCACCUAUUGAAGCAGGAGUCAUAACAGCCUUGAUUGCACUUGCGGAAGGAAUAGCAAUUGGAAGAAGUUUUGCAUUGAUGGUAAAUCAACAAAUUGAUGGUAACAAGGAGAUGAUUGCUUUUGGUCUCAUGAACAUUGUUGGAUCUUUAACCUCUUGCUAUUUAACUACAGGCCCGUUUUCAAAAACCGCAGUGAAUUACAACGCGGGGUGUAAAUCACAAAUGUCCAAUGUAGUGAUGGCAGUAUGUAUGAUGUUAACAUUGUUCUUCUUGGCACCCCUCUUUAGUUACACUCCCCUUGUUGCUCUUUCCGCGAUUAUUAUGUCAGCGAUGCUUGGUCUUAUUGAAUAUGACAAAGCCUACCAUCUUUUCAAAACCGAUAAAUUUGAUUUUGUAAUUUGCAUGGCGGCUUUCCUUGGCGUUGCCUUCAUUAGCAUGGAUGUUGGCCUCAUGUUGUCGGUGGGAUUAGCUUUGAUUAGAGCACUUUUGUAUGUAGCUAGACCAUCAAGUUCCAAGCUUGGUAAUAUAGCGGAUACGGGUUUGUAUCGCGAUGUAGAGCAAUACCCCGGUGCAAUAAGCAUUCCCAAGACUCUAGUUUUGCAACUUGGUUCCCCAAUUUACUUUGCAAAUUCUGGUUACAUUAGGGAAAGGGUUUUGAGAUGGGUUAGAGAUGAAAAGGCUAAUAAAGAUUCUCAUGGAGAUGAUGUUGAGUAUGUUCUACUAGAUUUAGGAGGUGUUACAUCUAUUGAUAUAACCGGUGUCGAAACUCUAGUUGAAAUUCGUAGAUGUUUAGAAGUUCAAGAAAUCAAGGUUGUCAUAGUAAAUCCAAGACUCGAGGUCAUGGAGAAGUUGAUUGUUACAAACUUUAUAGACAAAAUUGGGAAAGAGCGUGUUUUUCUAUCUAUUAAAGAUGCGAUUGAGGGAUGUAAAUUUUCUCUCGCACGGGAGAAGGGCAAUGAAGAACAUUGACUAUAAAAAAGCAGUUGAGUUAUUUAAAUUGCGGGAAAUCCAGAACUAGAUGAAGAAGAAGAAGAGUUAUUUAUUAUCUUUGUUAUUAGUUAUUGUUAUUAAUUGUAGAUGUAUGAGUUAUUUUUGCAAUAUAAAGUUUGUAUGGAAAAUA